AUCGCUUUUAAAGUUAUUACAGCUUCAUCAGCGGUUUGAUGCCAUGAAGAUAAACGAGAACACUUUACUGGAGGGACACAGAGUCGUGCUGGUUCCUUACAACGUAAACCACGUGCCCAGUGAGUUUAACUUCAUCCAGGUAUCACGAGUGGAUGAAGUCUCCGGAGCUGCAGCAGCUGACCGCUUCAGAGCCGCUGACCCUGGAUCAGGAGUACGACAUGCAGAAGAGCUGGAGGGAAGAUGACGACAAGUGCACGUUCAUAAUUUUGGACAAGCAGCGGUGGGCAGACCCCAGUGUGGAGGAGGAGCAGUGCAUGGUGGGAGAUGUCAACAUCUUCCUGACUGAUCCAACAGACCCUUCGCUGGCUGAGCUGGAGAUCAUGAUAGCAGAGCCCAGUUACAGAGGCAAGGGCGUCGGAAAGGAGGUGACACGUAUGAUGAUGUGCUAUGGAGUCACCAAACUCGGGGUCAGAAAGUUCCAAGCAAAGAUCGGACUGGAGAACCAGGUCAGCAUCACCAUGUUCAAGAAGCUCCACUUCCAAGAGGUGUCGCAGUGUGCAGUGUUCAAAGAGGUGACACUCGAGCUGACGGUAGAUGAGUCCGUUCGGACGAAGCUGCUGGACGAUGCAGCUCAUAUGAAGGAACGAGAUUACAGACAGACCUGCAGCCGCGGACAUGAACUGCUCUCAGAGUGAGGUUCUGUACUGAGCUUCUCACUCACCUUCUAAAGACUUCAGCUUGUGAAGCAGGAUGACGUGACAGGAUGACAUGUGAAUCUGAAAACUUGCAACAGAAUCCUUUAUUCGAGUCACAAGAAAUGUUAUUUUCUGUCACAUAGUGGCAAAAAUAUUCUGAUUAUAAGACAAACAGAGGCAGACAAGGACAAAGCCAUACCUCAUUAUACAAUUUUAAAUAAGGAAAUCCAGAAUCACAAUAGAGUUGAAUGGGUUCUUCCUUUUUGGAUACGCUUCACCAGGUUUGUGGAAUUCCUCUUGGUGGUUUUGGCGUGAUCUUGCUGGCUGUUGGACUUUGCGGAGGAAAAAACCUGCAAAUUGUAACCUGAACACUGUUGAAAAACAAAUGCAUAGGUUUGAAUAUGACAUCACACUUUCAUCCUCACGCAUCAAAUCGUGUACUGUAGUCGAGACAUUGAUUUAACCGUUGUCAUCUCCGACCCGAGGAGUAAAAUGAAAUGAAAGAUGCUGUGGCUGAUGUUUCUAGUGGAGCUGGUUCACUUUAUAUUGAUUGUGUACCACCUUAGCAAACUAGAAAUCACUUGCCAACGCAAUGAUUUGUUUUUCUCUAUCUAUAAACCAAGUUAAUAUCUCUAGUGUCCUUUGUUUGGAGAAGAUUUACACUUAAAAUUGAAAGGUGAUGUUUUUAUGUUUGGUUCAGUAUUUCUAUUGACCAGUUCUGACUUUUUGAAACAAAACUUCAAAUUGCACGGUGGCACGGUGGUUAGCACUGUUGCCGCACAGCAAGAAGGUCCUGAGUUCAAUUCCACCAUCAGG